GUAAGCAGAGGCGGCACCCAUCGCCUCUCUAUCUCUCUCACAGUACUCCUCCAUAUAAAUAAAUAAAUCCCCAAUAUUAUCACCCAUUUUAUUUUUGCAUUUUGCAGCAACAAGAACGCAAACAUGGAGGCACAUCAGGAGAAGAAUAAUGUGGGGGCAUGGCUAUCUGUCCCACAGUUUGGUGACUGGGACCAGAAGGGAGGAACCAUCCCAAACUACUCAAUGGAUUUCUCUAAAAUCAGAGAAAUGAGGAAGCAGAACAAGAGGGAGGUGUCGAGGGCGAGCAUCGGAAAUGAGGAUGAGCUCAUUUCCUCCUCCUCCUCCUCCGCCACCGCGGUGGGCGUCAGCCGCCUCAAGACCGACCGCCAUUACCAUCAAAACGGCUCUCCAACUACAAGGAGAAGCAGCAUCCUAAGCUAUUUCAACUGCUGCGUCAAGGCUUGAAGUUGAUUGAUGUAUCUCAAAGAUUUCUAUUGUAUUUUCUUUUGUUUUAAGGAUGAUAUGAUAAAAUGGAAGAAGUAUUUAGAGGUUAGAAGCCUAAUGAAUUGUUUUUGCUAAUUCCAUGAAUGCAAUGAUUAUAUAUGAUUGUUUGAUCUAAAGUCUAUCGAUUGGUAUAGGCCUCUCAAUAUGUCGGGUCUGGACCCGAAUCCAAAUGAUACCUGCAAACUUUUAGCGGGUUUGAUUCUAUAAAAAUUAUCGUGUAGAUGUAUUUGUAUCCUUUAUUUACUUACGAUAGAGGAUCUUUCAUAGGGUCAAGACCGGCCCAGAAAUAUAAAAAAUUGAGAUUGGCCCU